AUGAAUAGAGCACAAAGACUCCGUCAAGGUCUUUCCUUGCCGAAGCACACGAAGUUUGCAGUCGAGCACACUGCGCGGCUGCUGUUUGCGAUCAUCAUCCUCGGGUUUCAUGUCGACAUUAUCCGAUUUCGUGCAGACGACAUUCUGGUGUACUCUAUAGUACUUGUCACCUUCACGAUCCUGACGUGCACCUACUAUAUCGUACGUCUAUGUGCAUCUACAGCAACGCACAACAUCAAGAUCUCGCUAGCAAUACACUUGUUCAUGAGCCUUUUUUGGCUGGCUGAUACUGGAUUGGUUGUUAUGCUGGUCAUGGAUUGGGAAGAAUUAGAUCCUACAGCCCACCUCAAAACAUUUGUCGCAAGGAUUGUCUUGGGGGCUUUUGAAUGCUUACUCUGGCUCAUGCCGAUAGCUGAUCUCGCACUCGCCGUUGUCGAUAAGAGAAAAAAUAUGUCUACCGAUGAGCACAUCCAACUGCCGCGAAGAUAUGCCACCGCCUCCAGACCGACACCCACAACGCCAACACAACGAGCCGAGCCAUGGGACGAUAUGGUAAGCCCACCUCCCCAAAGAAUUUUUCAGCCGUUACUUCCUGAGAACUAA